UUGCCUUUUGCCUGUAUGAAUUAUCAUCACGUCAUUUAUUUAAGUCCAAGGAGCUGCUGCUGCUUGCUGGAGUGACCUUCACUGUGGUCCUUGCCAGGUUGAUAUGAAGAAACACAAAAGGCUGAUCACUGCAUAUAUGCGGCACCAUGCAGUCCAAUUCGGAUUACCCAGUUCGUCAUCCAUACUACUGAGUGGAGUCCAGCGCCACUGCGUUUUAAAUAUUACAGGUCUAGGCAGCCCCAAGCCCAGGCUUCCCAAUUGCCGGAUUCCAAAUAAAGUUAUCUCACUAACUAAAAUGCAUACACUGCACUAGUUGACGUGCAACUGGGACCAGUUUGAUCUCGGUUGGAAAUUUUCACCUGCCUGUGUAGUUGGAACCCCAAAAAGCAUUAAAAUAAACUUACAUUUUUGCAAAGCAAUCUAGGUGCAACAAUCGACUGGUCACUGCAUGUAUGUUACAUGUGCAUUACAUUAUUCAAUUUGUGACAGUGCAUAUUUUAUACCUUAAUUUCUUUGCCUUCCUUUAAAAAAAAAAAUUAUUUUCUUCAUUUUCCAGCCUCCUCAUCAUGUGGUUGUAACUAUAUGUAUGGUGCCCACACAGGUAACGGUAAAGUGUUAAUAAUGAUUGAGUGUUGUUGAUUAACUUAAGUGUAAGAAAAUUAAUAUGCUGUGGGGGAUUAAGUUGCGACCACUGCUAUACCGAUACUUUAUUUGCAUUCAUGUGGGUUUGUCCCAGGCACACAGGGGUGCAAAAAACUUCCCAUUCUACAGAGGCUUGUGGUCCCAACCCGCUAAUUGUGCACAAUUUGGGUUUUUUUUUUUUUUGAUAGGGGCGAAAUGCGAAAACACCCGUGUACUUAGAUUUAGGUGCACGUUAAAGAACCCCAGGUGGUCGAAAUUUCCGGAAUCCUCCACUACGGCGUGCCUCGUAAUCAGAAAGUGGUUUUGGCACGUAAAACCCCAUAAUUUAAUUUGGUUGUUUUUAUGUACGAUACUCGGUGCUUGCAGAACUCGGAGCUGCAGACAGGCUGGCACUGCAAAGUCAAUUAGCACGGCGAAAUAAGCGCUAUUUUUUUUUUCUUUCUUCCGCCCCCUCCCUUCUCAUCAGCGCGGGCUAUUUCUGUGCGAGAUCGAUGCAUUUAGGAAUUAGUUCUAUGAUUAGUUUCGCAAACUGCCGCGAGGUGAAGCUUGUCGCGCUCUCCGCCCUUUCCGUUUUCACUCUCUUUAUCUUUCUUCCCCUUCCUCUCUACGCAUCUCGCGUUUUCUAUCUGUGCGUUUCGUUUCCACCGUCUCCGGUCGGAGGAAACAGGAUUUUGAGCUGCGUGCAACUUGGUCAUGUCAAGCAAAUGUUGUGCUGUGGCAGCGAUUCGGAAAGCCUUGAGGACUGCAGGCCAGACUCGGCGCCUGGAAGCUGCAGUCUGGUGAACAUGUCAGGUAUCGGGAGGCCAGGCUCCGGCUUAUACGAGAUGCUGACGACAAUGAUCCGUGCGAACAUCGAGUACUUCAGAGAAGUGGAGACGGAGACGGGAAGUAAAAUACUCGCGCACCUGAACUCGAUGCAAGAACUGCUGCAUUGGGUCGAAGACUCUGCUUACAGAAUUUUGAGUUCUGCGCACCUGUUUGACUUCGACUCGGAGACGCCUGCGAACGGCUUUCGAAGCAUCAUCACAGUUGCGGAUCGGUUCAUCUUCUUGGCUGUCAAAUUAUGCAGAGCGCUGCAAAUGAAGCGCGGUUCACCGUUUUUUCGAGGGGAGAGUUUCGCGAAGGAAUUAGGCGACCACGUCGGCAUCUUGCGCGGCCUGAAAGUCGGCAUGUCCAUACUGGAGCAGAUGAUGGAGCACACAGAUAAAGGCAGUCUGUUCGUGGAUGAAAACAUGAAGUUUCACGACUUGUUCAAGGAGUUUGACAAUUUUGACCCCACAAGCUUCUACGGCCGCUGCAUGGGAUUUUAUUUUUGUGAUGCUAUCAGGCGGACACUACGCAAAGGCCAUGCUGUUUUGUCAGCCUACAGGGACCACUAUUACCAAACUGGCAGCAACUUUGGAAGUACCACAACAUUGAUCUGGAGGUUCGGAAAGUACAGCAUGGAUUCAGAACUACGCGCCAAGCAGAUGGUGGAGAUGCGCAAGAAUGUCCACACCGAUUUUCUCAAAUCUAUGUGGUCACUCAAUGAGCAGGUUCUUCUUAAGAAAGUGAACAAGCUUAUUUCUUCAUCGCUGCAAGUUUGCUGCGAUGUGGUGGUUCCUCUUGAACGUCUGGGCCUGCCAAAGAUCGACAACCCGUCCACUCUUGUAGAGAUACCAUUUCCCUCAGCACAUGGUCCCCCUGCUCCUGUACGAUGCCGGUUACUGUCAUCUGCAGUUAGAGAUGGAAUGCAAUCACUUCUGCCAAGCAACCUUGUCAGCUCGUCUGAUGUCCUGCCACCUUCUCAUGGUCUCAUAUUGCACUUUCAUGGUGGUGGCUUCAUUGCCCAGUCUGCUGAGUCCCAUGAGAUUUACUUGAGGGACUGGGCUCGCCUGGUUAAUGUACCAAUCCUCUCAGUGGACUACUCCUUGUCGCCAGAGAGCCCUUAUCCACGGGCAUUGGAAGAAGUGACCUUUGUGUAUGGCUGGGUUCUCAACAACUGUCACAAGCUAGGUUGGACUGGCGAGCGCAUCUGCCUGGCCGGCGACAGUGCGGGCGGCAACUUGUGCCUGGCGCUCAGCCUCAGGAUGGUACAGCUGCAGUUGCGGCGCCCCGAUGCCAUGUUCUGUGCGUACACCCCAGUCAUGCUCAACGCUCAUCCGUCUCCAUCCAAAGUGCUCACAUGCAUGGACCCACUCAUACCACUCGAGUUUCUUCUCACCUGUGUUCACGCCUACGUUGGUGUGGAGCCACAUAAUACGAGGCAGGACGCAAGAGACACACAAAGCAUUCACACAGCAGUGGAGGCAUUGUCAUUAGUAUCCAGUCUGGAACAUGAGACUGCAGGUGAAGCACCGCAUCUGAAAUCAAGCGUGCCCUCUGAAGAGCCCAGGAAAGAACGACCGUCUCCUCAACACGCAGAUCAGCCCAAGAGUCAGAACGAUUUGCUCCAGGACUGUGCAGACCGUGUGUCUCUGCCAGCCACGAAUGGCAUAGAAGUGAAUGCCGGAGAGGAGCACGUUAUAUUUGAGAUUCCUGCUAACCUCUCGGCAUCGUUGCAGCGCAAAGCAGCAGAAAUGAGCAAGCAAAGCUCGGAGAAAGUUUCGGGCUCUGCGUCCAGAAGACGGCUUCCCAAGACUCGUCGUGAGGCGCUGCCAUGGUUUCAUCCGGAAAAUCCAUCUAGAUUGAAAACUCUGGAGUCGCUGGUGGCUCGAGCAGAGGACCCACUGAUGACACCAUACUUGGCUUCAGAUGACUUGUUGAGGAAGAUGCCUCCUGCCUACUUUUUGUGCCUUCAUCUCGACCCAACUUUGGAUGACAUGAUCAUGUUCGCCAAGAAGCUACGUGCCCUGGGCUGCCAAAUAACUGUCAAAGUGCUGGAUUACCUGCCACAUGGGUUUCUUAAUCUAUUUCCUCGUGGAAAUGAGGCCCAAGAUGGUAUCCAGUGCUGCGUCAACAUGCUGAGGGCUGCCCUUCAUAUGGAGACACUGGGUAUCAAAUGAGUAUUUUUGAUAAACUCACUAUACAGCCGACGGUUACUUAACAUUAGGGGUGGUUUUUAUGGAGCCGAUCUUAUACAGUGACUAGAAAACACUAGACGAGUGCAUCACAUACACACUCGCACCACUUUUGAAUGGAAGAGGCCUUUUGUAUCUGCGAGGAUCACUAAAGCAUUAUAUAAUUGUUGACAAUUUACAAUGAAACUAUGCAUUUCCUUGGUGAGGCCAAAGUUGGAGGAUUGCAAUUAUAUGUAUGAUUUAGUGCAGUACACGUAAUGUAUGUUGGAAUGGUGUAGGUUGGUCUUUAAACAGACAGAAACCUACAUAUCGCUUCGAGGAAUUGUUACUGCUAACAGGGUGUCAUGUAAUGCCUUACCACGUAAAACCAGCCUGCCUAAGAGUGUCCACUAACUGUUGUUGCCUUUGAGGAAAUGACCUUGCUAUUUUGUGAUCCAGUGAAGGGUGUACAUAUCAUGUCGUUCACACACACUUUAAUUAUGAAAGAUAUGUUUUUGUUACCGAGAGAGCCCUCCGAACGAGAAACUGAAUGAGAACUUAAGUAGAAUGAGAGCAUUGGCACGUGGUAAACACUGGCCUUUAAUGGCAAUGACAGACAGGGAUUAUAGAAAAUGGGACAACACUUGGUGAUCUUUGUUUUCCUACUGUGCUGGUUGGUUUUUAAUAGUUUGUAAAAAUGAAUGUUUGUUUCUUACCUAAUUCUCUGCCCCUGUUUCAUGUUUUGUCACUUGUAGUCAUGCUGUCAUAGUGGCGUUUACAUUAGUUUUCAUGUCAGCUGGAUACUGGUUGCAAGGCUCACUUGAAUGUUCACGAGUCAGGCUACGUUGAGUGAUUAGCAGGGUAGGUUGAUCUGUUCAACCAAGCAUGCGGGCACAGUUGAACAGAUGGUCAAGAUGUCUGGUUGACCUUGCGAAAGGAACAAGUUUUUGUGGCCAUAGGUCUCAGUGUGACCUCUUCACGGCUUCAUUACAACCUCAUAGUCGAGAUUAUAACAGCUUGCCUCAUUCUUGGUGGAUACAUUGGCAGCAUUGUGUCACGUGUCAUGGCACUGGACCAUUACUAUAGUCAUGACUCAGCUAUUGCUAAAGUCACUUCUGUGUGAAUCGUGAAGGCAUUGAGAUAACACAAGCUUUCUUGACCAAACACCUGGAUUGACCUGCUUCUGUUAGGUUUGUACUGUAUUAAUGCUCUGUGUGCUGUGUAGCCGUAUUCACCAACGAAAGCAGUGCACCACAUUUUUUUUCCCGGUUUCUUUUAGCAAAAUAAUUUUUAUUCUCUGAAUAGUCAGCAUACAGCUUCUGUACAUACAUAACAUCUCUUGUUAUGCGACAUGUGUUGUACUUUAGCAAAUUUCUUGGCUGGCACUUUGGUCAGGAAGUCUUCCCUAUGAGUCAAAGUAAAGUAAACCUUUGUUGUUCUACAUGUUACCUUGUCAGAGAUAUGUGUUAUGAUGAGUAAAUUGAAAUGUCUUCACAUCCCUCUGCCACACCCCAUUUCCUGUGGUGAUGUCAUAGCAGAGCAUGUUUACUUCGUUUUCAUGUUUUUACCCGUCACUCUCCCUGUGUGUCACGCCGUGUUUUGUGGCACCAUUUCCUGUUUUUGUAAUUGUUUAAAUUAGGUCAUAUACUCGCACGGCUGGCGCACUUCUCGAAUUAUUUUUGAAUAUACUUGUAGCAGACAACACCACAGUCGGUUCUGCGGAGAAUGAAUUUUCAGUGCUCCUGUGGCCAAGUGGCAUCAAGCCUGCAUGACCAUGAGACUCGGGACACUCUAACUUCUUACCACACAGCCGUAAGGAGCGGUAGUUGUCAUGGCAUCUGCUACAUACUGAACAAAUCAGUCUAGAUUUUGAUGGCUUCUCAGAGCUGCGUUAUUGUGCAGGAGAGACAAGUCAAGGCAAAUUACUUACUUGAUAUAGGGACUGAUAAGAGCUUCCUAAAUAUUGUGUGACAGUCAUGACACUAAAGAAUGUUUUUGUUAAGCGCUCUUGUUGCCAUGGUGCUGUUUGGUAUUGCUAGCAAAGGAUGGCAUCCCUGCGCACUGUGCAACUGCAACAUGCACAGUGAAUGUCACAUUAAUGGUAGUCAAGCAUAGUUUCGUUGCAAUCAUCUCGGGUCUUCAUGCACCCCGCUUUGCUGACCUUAUACUGCAGGUUUAUGUUGUUCACAGAGAAGCAACUCCGAGUACACAAGAGGCGAGAUGCCACUGUUAGUGUUGUGAUGCGGUUAAGAUUAUCUCUACUCCGCCUUAAAGUGUUUGAAUGCUGCAGUGCGUGUGAUGACAUCUGUAUAUUUACAAUAUUGAGUAGUUCCUAACCAGUUGUUCUCAGUUUUAUUUUUUUGUGCAUUUGUUGUCACAGCUGUGCUGGUCACUAUUUGCUGUAGUGAGUCACUUCCUGCUUCUUCGUUAGUUUUACUUAAAUGAGCAAUGAACAGUCAGUAUUAUGUUUUGCUCAAAGUCAUGCUCAAAGGAUGCAAUGCACUUUUUUGGCAUGGCAGGUUACCUCCUUUAUGUACACUCGUACUAUUCGGCUAUUGUUAAUAUCAGUACGCACAGUUGCAAUGACAUUUUCAUGUUCUGAACAAGGUGUACUGCAUAGAAUACUUGUGUAUCCAAAGACGUUUUGUACUUUGAAAGGUGUAUAAACUGUCCAAGCACA